AUGAGAGCUGCACGAAUUCGACCUACCUGUUCUGACGGGACACCUUAUGGUUUCCCUGGAAAUGUAGCUCCGUCCUCAGCAAUUGAAAUCCCGGACAACGUCCCCGUACCGCAAAUAUCAAAGCCUGGCGAAUUAUUGAUCCAGGUGAAAGCCUCUACCGUAUACAAAGACAAUCUGGAGUGGAACGAGCUAUAUCCCCCCAGCCAUGCAACCUUGGGAAACGACUUUUCCGGCAUAGUUGUCGCCGUGCACGACAGCGAGCAAGACUUCCGCGUUGGUGACCAUGUGUACGGUAUGACGCAUGCAAAUCGGGGAGGUACAUGGGCAGAGUACGCCAUCGUCACGACGGAAGAAGCAGUCAAGAAGCCGGAUAACCUGUCGUGGGAGGAGGCUGCGGCGAUUCCCGGGAGUGCCCUCACAGCCGAUCAGGCGCUGUUCAGACACGUUGGACUCGACGAUGCUGCGCAAAACGGACAAAAAAGGAUUCUGAUUACCGGGCCUGCCGGCGGCAUUGGCACAUUCCUCGUGCAAUUCGCCGUCCUGGCCGGACACCAUGUCGUUGCAGCGUCCAGCUCGAACGAGCGGAACGAGUCAUUUCUGCGUUCCAUUGGCGCCAAUGAGAUAGUUGAAUACACAACCAUGGGGACUUUGGACAAGGUCGACGUCGUUGUUGAUUCUGUCGGGUCCCAGGUUCUCGCGGACUGCUGGAGCGUUAUCAAGUCAGACGGCACCCUCUUGUCCUUUGACGCGUGCAGCUGGGGGUAUAGAGAAGAGCACAAAGAAAAGGGCAUCAGCAAAGGAAAGGAAGGCGUUCGGGCACUGUACAUGAUUGCUGAGCCAUCGAGAGAAAGCAUGGCGCGCAUCACGGAACAUGUGGCCAAGGGAAAUAUAAAAGGGCGUGUAUCGAAAGUGGUGUCGUUGAGUGACGUGCGGGAAGCCUAUGAAUCUGCUCAUUCUAGAGGCAUUGGGCACGGCAAGAUUGUGGUGUUGAUCUGA